GUUUUUCCUGCUUCUACACAAAUAGGGCUUUGAGGUGCUCCCUGUUACAAUUUGGUUUACAAACAUGAUGUUCAAGAAGCUGGGCAGAUGAUGGUCACGUGUUUAUAUUAGCAGCAAACGUAAAGUCCAGCUAAUUGGUAAAAUGGGAAAGCUGAGGUAAGUUAGUGAGCUGAGAGAGAAUGCCUCAGGCAUCCAGUAGCCCUCAGGAAGCACACAGCGAGGCUAAAGUCAACACACAAACACAUCCUCAUGCUGCAGAUGGCGCACAGCCAUCUGCUGUAACUGACAGCACAGAACUUCAAACCUUUGAUCCUGACCAGGUCACUUUGAGAAAACCAAACAGCAGUCCAGAAAUUCUUCCUGAAAAAUAUCAAAUAAAAGACAAAUGUGAAGGUUUUCAGCACCAGGGCUCCUUUGCCCAGUCUCGUCAGAAGACGGAUUCUUUGUUCCAGAAACACUUCAGUCCCAAUCUUAAACACCUCUUUGGACAAAAGAGUGACCUUUCCAAUUGGAACUAUGAAAAUGAAGAUCAUUUUGUGGCAUUCCAGGACCUUACCUCUCGCUCUUCCCGACGCCUCCAACAUCUAGAACAAACCUUACUGAGUCUCAGGUCUCAGUGCCGUGUGCUGCAUGGAUCAGGAGGCUGUCUGAGAGGAUGCAUCACAGGACUCUCCACUUCAGGAGAAGCAGAAUUUUACCACCACCCACAGGCAGCAGCCUUUACCCAGCACUAUGCUCAGCUCCAGCACCUUCUUGAACAACGGGCCGAGCUCCUCUUCCUCCACGAGUAUUUCCGCCGAUGUCGCGCAGCUAACUGCUUCAUAUCACGAUUAAGUGAUGUCCUGGAGAAAGCCCAUCUCCUUGCCAGUAGGAGUCAAAAUUCAAAAGUACAAAUCAGCAAUACCUGGAACCUGGAUCUUGGAGCUAUGUGUGAGGAACUGCGUGUUCAUAUCAGCCACUGGGACAUGCUCUACACCCGGUUGCGCUCUGACCCCUUGUUGCGAGCUGUUAUUUUCAGUCGCACAGAGAUGUUAGGCUCAAUGCAAAGAGGAUUGUGGUUGCUGGGACAGCAAGCCAUGCUGAUGAUGGAGAAUUGCAUAUACAGGGUACUUAAAGCCUUAGCUGGUGCUCAGCUCGUAAGUGUACCCAGAGAUUCCUUGGAGGACUUGCUGUCUGGUGUGGAGCUAUAUAAUCAUGUCAUCAUGAACCAAAAGUCCCAGAAAAGAGCUGCACCACAGAGUUUUCAGAAUUUCAUUACCCCUGAUUGCUCUAAUAUUAGAUCAGCCAUGCCAAGGAAACAUGUCGGACUGAGAGCAUUGUCAGUAGGGGAAAUCAUGAGCACUGUGGCACGGCAUCGAGCUCAGAUUGCAGCCAGGCAACUUUACAGCUGGACAUGCCAGCAGACUAAGCUUCUUUCUCUUGCAGGACAAACCAGAAUGAAAUGGGGGGACUUGGCCUCUCCAGAUCUUCUUGUUCCGUCUUCAGAUUUAUCCGAGUCUAUCCUGGAUGAGACCCCUGAAAAGCCACUUGACAGAUUUUGGUCUUCCAGGCUACCAUUGUUCAUGUUUGCGCACCGGGAUAGAGAGGACAUUCUUGAGACUCUCUUUCAAGUCAUAGUGUCCUCUACAGACCUCUUGGCCCCACACAUUCUCAAAAGACCUUACUUGGCUAAGAGUGUUUUUGCAGAGAGGAGCAUCAGAACUAGUGGCCAAAAAGCAAAUAAUAAUCCAAAAAUGACUCCUUCUUGUAUCCAAAACAGUGUUAAGCAGAUCAACUCGGACUCAUGUGACGCACUUUUUUCUCAGUAUAGGGAUAUGCUGUGGAGCGAAUUUGGAAAAGCAGUUAUCAGACAUUUUUAUUACCCGUCUCAAAACAGUAUUUUGGGUGGCAUGAACCAGUGGAAUGAUCAGAUGUUGUUCCUUCUGGUCAGAUGGCUAAAGCAAGCUUGUAAAGAAGAAUUGGUUCCAUCUGAAUGCAACGAUGCCUUGAGUACUUUCUCCUCCCAUAUUUUAUUUGCUGCUGCCUUUAUGCACUGGGACACAACAAUGUGUGAGUCACUGGGUGUAGGAAUGAAGGAUAAGUGCUUACCGAGAGCCAUGACAGAACCUUCAAUAGUGAGAACCGCUACCAUGGAGAUAACGCUGCAGCUUUUCCCACUUCUCCUUUCUGUGCUCCAGCUAUUGCAAACCUCACACACAAGCUUUGGAGAAAAGGGAAUCAGGAGCCUUGGUUUUUAUGACCUAGGAUUGCUGUUUAGGGCCCAAGCCACUCUCCAGUCAUCUACUUUUUGGGUUGUGAGUAAGGCCUAUCAGUUUCUGGCCUCGUGGUCGCUUACAAAGUUUGUGCUAGUCACACAAGGAGACCUUAAGGCUCUCAGGGAGGCAGUGGUGAGUUUAGUGCAGCAGCUGGACACUGUAGUUGGAAAUAGUGAUCAUCAUCCUCAUCUCAUCAUGGAACCUGUACAAUUAUCACAUGCAGUCUCACAACUACAAGCCUACUCUGAACUUUUUCUGAGGAGCUUUUCAGUGGACUGCAAGAAAAUGUCAAAGGAGAUUUUCGAGCAAACGAUGCCAUCAGCAAAACACUGGAGAGUCAACUCUAGAACAGAAUUACCUAGCGCCCCGAGUGAUUACGCAGCCUUUGCAGCUCAAAGUGUGCUUGGCCAGGUGUUGGAGGGAGUGCAGCCCUUGCCGGAUGAGACUCGCAUUCCAGUGCUAACAGAGGCCAUGACUGCCUUCAUGGAGUCCUGGAUGGAGCACAUACUCAAACAGAAAAUCAAGUUUAGUGUUUAUGGAGCACUGCAGCUGAAGAAGGAUUUUGACCUGAUUCGAGAUUUGAUUCGUUCUGAGAAGUACGGCAUGUCAGAGGAGCUGCACCACCGGCUCCUAUCGUUGCGGGUAUUUCAUCAAGUGGACAGCGCAAUAGUGUGUCUGCUACAGCAACCUGUGAACAAACCAUACAUGCCCUCUCAAAGAUGGAAGCCGUUCCGACACUGCUGCCCAAAGAGAGCCCAGGUGGUGGAUCAGGCAGUUGGAAGCCUAAAUAAUCUGGAAACUAUAGACAUCCAGGCUGCAUGUCAUCAGGCCUUGACUCAGGCAGAAGGCUCAGUAAGCCCUGAGCUCUUCUCCACAGCUGCACCUGAAUCCUACUUAGCCGUGGCACAGCAGGAGUGGCUUGACCUGCGCAUCCACACUGGAUCUCGAUGGAGGAUCCCUGGUCUGCGUUGUUUUACUAAACCCGACCCCUGAAAAACUGUUAUGUGCUAUGUUUACAACAGUGUUAAAUCAUUGUGCAGGAUUGGACUAUAAACCUGUACUAAUAUGAUCUUUACAAAUACCAUGUUGACUGAUGCCAUGCAGAAAACAAAUGUUUAAUUGUCAAGCUGUUGUCAAAGCAAAACUUUCACAACUUUUAAUUUUCAUUCAUUUAAUUAUCAAUAUUA